AUGAGAACGAGAAAACAGGAUCCAGCCCUCCAAGCCUCGUCCGAUGCAUCGAAGAUAUACACAUAUGGAGGAACCACCUUUCUUGGCAACACUUCAUUCCCGGGAUGGACCCCCGCAGAGAGCGACACAUAUUCACUAUGGAGCUACGACACCUCAACACAUGCAUGGGACCAGUAUGAUAUCACAAAAAGCAGUCCACUCCGACCAAACCGAGGAUCUUCAGCUGAAGCGCCAGCACUGGGCCUGUCAUUUUAUCUAAAUGGCCAAAUAGAUGCUGGCUCUUCCGCCGUAGCAGGAGCCUCAAUGAACAAUGAUACAGAGUUCCUUGAUGGUAUGAUUGUGCUGGAUACGGUUAAUGUCAGCUCCCAAAACCUUUCCACUGCAACGCUUGGCAACCCUCGAGUCGCAGGGGGGCUGCAAUUCAUCGAAGCCAUUGGGGAAAGAGGCGCACUUGUUGCUAUCGGAGGGCUGCAGCGCAGCGGAAACCAAACAGACCUGAUCGCAUUCGAUCACGCCGGUCUCUGUGACGAUUUCACAGCGACUUCGACCUGGCACCGACAGUCCGUCACAGGCGACAUCCCGCCUCCCCGCUCCGACUUCUGCAUCGUCGCCGCCUCGGCGCCCGACAACUCCAGCCACAACAUCUACCUCUACGGCGGCAUCGACCCCUCCAACGCCACCGCCCCCACCCUCUACGACGACAUCCACAUCCUCUCCCUCCCCUCCUUCACCUGGACCCGCGUCUACGCCGGCGAGAGCCCCCGCUGGGGCCACACCUGCCACCUUGCCGGCCCCCGCCAGAUGCUGACCGUCGGCGGCACGAUCGACUCGUCCGUCUACGACAUCGAGACGCAACAGGCUCCUCAGAACAUCAACACGAGCGCGCUGGCGUGCGACUGGGAAGCCAAGGGCGUCGCCGUCCUGGACAUGUCGACCUUGAAGUGGGGGUCCGUGUUCGACUUCUACGGCGCCGCGUACCGGGUCCCGCGGGAUGUGGUCGCGGUGGUGGGGGGCGGCGAGGAUGGCGGGGCGACGGCGACGGCGCCGGCGGGUGGGUUUGCGGAGGGUGCGGUCGCGAGUAUGUUCUCGUCGGGGAGGGUUGGUGGUGGCGCCGCUGCGACGACGACUUCUGCUGCUGCUACGCGUUCGGGAUCUGCGGGGCGAGGCUCGUCCGCGGGGACUGUUGCUGGCGCUGUUGUGGGCGGGGUUGUGGGUGUUGGGAUCUUGUUGGGCGGGUGGCGUUUUUGCGUUCGACUCCGCAAAAGAAGGAGGGAGGUGCGGGGACCGAUGGCCGGCCCGGCGGAGGGAGGAGGAGGAGGAGGAGAAGAAGAGGGCGUUCAAGGCGCGCGGGGACAUCGGCCUGGCGUGGGGACGUAUGUUGCCGAGGCUCCCGAUGCAGCCAGAUACGAGCUGUAUGGCCGAAGUCGUAUACCAGAAAUGACUGGGGGAUCAGCCCUGGCUCAUGAACUACAAGCGAUCGAAGAGCCCGGAGAGUUGGCAGGCUCACACGGGACUUUCGAGCUCUCGACUGGGACCGGCUGUAGGUAG